AUGGACACGGUAGAGGUGAUCGUCUCUUUGCUGGUGGUGGCGAUAAUAGUCGUGUCGCUGCUGUCCAACUUGCUGGUGCUGAUCUGCUUUCUGUACAGCCCGGAGAUCCGGAGCCAGGUGCCCGCUCUGUUCAUCUUGAACCUGACCUUCUGUAACCUGUUGCUCACCGUUUGCAACAUGCCUCUGACUUUGGUGGGGAUCGUGAACAAAGAGCACCCCGGGGGCGCGUGGUCGUGUCAGACCGCCGCCUUUCUGGACACCUUCUUGACCACGAGCUCCAUGCUGAGCAUGGCGGCUCUGAGCAUCGACAGGUGGAUCGCCGUGGUGUUCCCUUUGAGUUACCAUUCAAAGAUGCGUUACAGGGAUGCCCUCAUUGGCGUGGCUUACACGUGGCUGCACUCCCUGUCCUUUUCGGCCGUGCCAGCCAUCCUGUCCUGGGUCGGAUACCACCAACUUUAUGCGUCAUGCACUCUUUGCAACGCCAAAGCGAACGGCAUCCGGGGCCAGUUCGUCAUCUUCACCGCGGUGUUUCAUUCCCUCACCUUUCUCCUCUCUUUGGUCGUUCUGUGUGUUACUUAUCUGAAAGUUCUCAAAGUCGCGCGCUUCCACUGCAAACGGAUAGACAUCAUUACCAUGCAGACACUGGUGCUCCUGGUGGACAUUCAUCCCAGUGUUCGACAGCAGUGCCUGGAAGAGCAGAGGAGACGACGGCAGAGGGCCACCAGGAAGAUCAGCACCUUCAUUGGAACCUUUGUGCUUUGUUUUGCACCCUAUGUCAUAACAAGGAUGGUGGAACUGUUCCCCACAGUGCCUAUCGACCCUCACUGGGGUGUUGUCUCUAAGUGCCUGGCCUACAGCAAGGCGGCCUGUGACCCCUUCGUUUACUCUCUGCUUCGGCAUCAGUACCGGAAAACCUGCGGUGACAUCAUCAAUAGAGUUCUGAAGCGGCGUUCGUUCGAUGAUUCCAGCCGCCGGGUCAAGAAUGGAAGAAAGAACAUCAUCCAGGUGGUAGAGUGA